AUGGCAGUCCAUCGAAACAAUCGGAACUCUCAAUCCCUCCGACCUUACCUACAAUGCGUACGCUCGUCGCUGACCGCCGCCCUCUCCCUCUCGAACUUCGCAUCUCAAGCCUCCGAGAGGCAUAACGUUCCCGAGAUCGAAGCUGCAAGCUCACCGGAGGUACUCCUAAACCCGCUCACGGUAUCAAGGAACGAAAAUGAGAAGGUCUUUAUUGAGCCAAGUAUCAACAGUGUGCGAAUUAGCAUAAAGAUCAAGCAGGCCGAUGAAAUCGAACAUAUCUUGGUUCAUAAGUUCACGCGCUUCUUGACUCAGCGAGCUGAGGCAUUCUUCAUCCUCCGGCGGAAGCCAGUCAAGGGUUAUGAUAUCUCCUUUUUGGUAACAAACUUCCACACAGAGGAGAUGUUAAAGCACAAACUUGUUGAUUUCAUUAUCCAAUUCAUGGAAGAGGUUGAUAAGGAGAUCUCGGAGAUGAAGCUUUUCCUCAAUGCACGAGCCCGUUUUGUGGCCGAAUCGUUCCUCACACCAUUUGAUUAA